AGGCGUCGUCGUCGUCGUUGUCGUCGGCGGGUCUGUCGGCGUGUGCGCGCCGCUCGAUGCGGGCCUGGCCCGGGCAAGGGAGGAUGGCGGGCUGGCGGGCCUCUCCGGCGUUGGCCAAGGAGGCCUCGGAGCUGACGGUGAUGGACGUCUACGACAUCGCCUCGGCCGUGGGCCAGGAGUUCGAGCGCCUGGGCGACCAGCACGGCGGGGAGGCGCUGGCCCGGCUCAUGCCGCCGGUGGUGCGGGUGCUGGAGCUGCUGGAGGCCCUGGUCGGGCGCGAGCACGUCCCCCCGGAGCUCCAGGAGCUGCGCCUCGAGCUCGACCGACUCCGCCUCGAGCGCGCAGACCGCAUCGAGAAGGAGCGCAAGCACCAGAAGGAACUGGAACUGGUGGAGGAUGUCUGGCGAGGGGAAGCCCAAGAUCUCCUGACACAAAUUGCUCAGCUCCAAGAGGAGAACAAGCAACUGAUGACCAACCUCUCCCACAAGGAUGUGAAUUUCUCUGAAGAAGAACUCCAGAAGCAUGAAGGCAAGUGGUCUGGAAUGUCAGAGAGGGAACGGCAAGUGAUGAAAAAGCUGAAGGAGGUGGUAGACAAACAACGAGAUGAAAUCAGAGCAAAGGACCGAGAGCUCGGGCUGAAAAAUGAGGAUGUAGAAGCUCUCCAGCAGCAGCAAAAUAGGCUGAUGAAGAUCAAUCAUGACCUGCGCCACCGAAUCACGGUUGUGGAGGCUCAAGGGAAAGCCCUCAUUGAGCAGAAAGUGGAGUUGGAGGCGUACCUUCAGACCAAGGAGCAGGAGAUGGGAGCGCUGCGGGCCGAGCUGGUGAAACUCCGAGAGAAACUGCAGGGGGAGCCUAACCAAAAUGGAGAAGAAAUCCAGGUGGAAGAACCAAAUAAUGACGACUAUAUUUUGGAAUCGGAGAAGCUGGCCAUGGACUUGAAAGAUCCCAACCGGCCCAGGUUUACGUUGCAAGAGCUGCGGGAUGUCUUGCACGAGAGAAAUGAACUGAAAUCAAAAGUAUUUUUGCUGCAAGAGGAGCUUCUGUAUUAUAAGAGCGAUGAAGCCGACGAGGACACGAGAUCUCCCCAGCCGACGACCAUCAUGAAUUCCAAACCAACCAUCCAGCAAGAAUCUGGAAUCAAACGGCUGUUUAGUUUCUUCUCCCGCGACAAGAAGCGGAUGCCAGCCACGCAGAGAAAUGCCUCCUUCCAGGGCUCCUUUGGCGAAUGGGCUGACUCCAACAAAGAUGACGUCUACACCGAACAAGGCCUGGAGGCCCUGCAACACCUGUGACUUGAGAGCUAGUGGUGGUGAUGGCCCAUUGAAACAUGGAAGGACUCAUGUCGCAGACUGUACCCCCCCCCCCCACACCCCAUUCCUUUGCCUUAUUCCGUUGGCUACGGGGCUUCGUAUGAACCGAUUGGCCACAACGGAGUCCUUAAUGUUUCCUUCGGGUGACUGCGCUCUGCAAACUAGAUCCCAGUCUCUCUAGCAAUGGCUUUGUCUCCUCUGCUGUAGUCACUUUGCUAGAUUAUUUGCCAUGAAUUUGGACCGCUGUGUUAACAUCACUUAACAAAA